AUGGAUUCCCCGGAGCCAGACACCCCUUUCGCAGCCGUCACAGCGCAGACCACAAAGUAUGGCAGGAUGUUCCAGGCUUAUCUCGACAAGUCCACGCCCUACAACAUAUACAGAUGGGUUGGGACAGGCGUACUCUUCCUCCUGUUUGGGCUGCGCAUAUUCGUCGCCCAAGGCUGGUACAUUGUCGCCUACUCGCUGGGUAUCUACCUGCUCAACCUCUUUCUCGCCUUCCUGUCGCCCAAGUUCGACCCCGCGCUAGAGCAGGAUGAGGGCAUGGAGGAUGGAAACGCAAGCGGCCUCCCUACCAAGGAGGACCAGGAGUUCAGGCCCUUCGUGCGCCGUCUGCCAGAGUUCAAGUUCUGGUACUCGACCACCAAGGCCAUCGCCAUCGGUUUCUUCUGCAGCUGGUUCGAGAUCUUCAACCUGCCUGUCUUCUGGCCUGUCCUCGUCGUAUACUGGCUGAUCCUCUUCGGCCUGACCAUGCGCCGACAAAUUCAGCACAUGAUCAAGUACCGCUACGUCCCCUUCACCGUAGGGAAGACACGCUACCCCGGCUCCUCGAGCUAG